ACCCCAGAUUAACAACAAUCCAGAAAUUAAUUCUUUUACCCAAUUUUCAUCCCUCUACAAGUUGCAAUUUCUUUUACAAAAUCAUUUAAAAAAUAUAUAUAAAUAAAAUAAAAAACAUCUGAAUAUUCACAUGCAAACAAGAAUUAUAGCAUUUCCCAGGAAAUUCUGGUUUCUUGGGAAUUUCAAUCAAACAACAUUUUGACCCUUUCUUUUCUCAUCAAUAAAUUCUCUCUUCCCUCUUCUUUGUAGCACCAAAUAUUUCCAGUAAAAUUUGAUACCUUUCUCCAAUUUACAAGACAAGUUUCUAUUUUUUUUCUCUCUCCUAAAAUACUUGCUCGGAAAUCCAGAUCAAGAAACCACCCUCCUCAUGUUUUUGUCUCAGUUUAUGGGAUUUGGAGUUCCUGGGCCAAAGCAAUUUACCAAAUUCUUGAUGGUCUUAGGAUGGCUUUGAGAUCAAUUGAAGAUAGAAAAAGCAAGUCUUUGAUUCAUAAAAUGUUUUCAGCUAAGGACAGAAGUAGAAGAGGGAUCAAUCACUCUUCUGAAAUAGAGGCAUUCCCUCGCUUUGGUACCGAAAUGCAGGCAGAUCAAAAUGCCAAGACCUUAAAGACUUUUGUAGCUACUUGGAAUGUGGGAGGGAAGCCUCCUGAGAAUAGCCUUGUUUUGGAUGAUUUUCUCCAGCUUAGUGCUCCUUCGGAUAUCUACGUCUUAGGUUUUCAGGAGAUUGUCCCAUUAAAUGCUGGAAAUGUGCUUGUUUUGGAAGACAGUGAACCAGCCGCAAGAUGGUUGGCUCUCAUCAAUCAAUCUCUUAAUGGUUCUAACAACCACUUCCAAACACUACGAAAAACAACAUCUAUGAUGGAUGCAAAAACAUGCCAUGGGACAAGGGCUGCCAAACUAACAAGCACACCGAGUGGUUCACUUUUCUUUCCUAAGUACUCGCUCAAAGCUGUGAGUAAGCAAUUCAGGACAGAAAGCAAAAAAAGGCUCAAGACUUGCAAUUGUGUUUCGGAGUUAGAGAGAAGAUACACGAGAGAUUCUUGUUUCCGCUGUCAGCAAAGUAAUUUCAGCGAUGAUGACUUCUCAUCAGAAGAAGAUGACGGGCCAAAUAGUGUUGUUUUAUCAGAAAUCAUAAAUUCUUCUGGACAUAACCAAAAAUACAGUUUAAUUGUGAGCAAGCAGAUGGUUGGAAUCUUUCUCACCAUUUGGGUGAGGAGGGAGCUUGUUCAACACAUUAGUCACCUGAAAACUUCUUGUAUUAGUCGUGGUAUCAUGGGCCUUGGUAACAAGGGCUGUAUCGCUGUGAGCAUGCUUUUGUACAAGACGAGCUUUUGCUUCAUAUGCAGCCACCUAGCAUCUGGUGAGAAAGAAGGAGACGAGCUCAGGAGGAAUCUGGACGUCAUAGAGAUACUUAAAUGUACUUACUUUCCAAGGAGAUGCAAAGUACCAAACAGCCGAAUUCCAGAGAGAAUAUUAGAGCAUGACCGGAUCGUUUGGUUUGGGGACUUGAAUUACAGGAUUGCUUUGAAUCAUACUGAAACGCUAAAGCUGCUGAAGAAGAGGGAAUGGGAAACUUUGCUCAGCAAGGAUCAGCUGAAAAUUGAGAGAGAAGCAGGUCGAGUAUUCAAAGGAUGGAGGGAAGGGCUAAUCAAAUUUGCACCUACUUAUAAGUAUUCUUACAAUUCAGACUCUUAUCUUGGAGAGACCAACAUCUCUCCAAGCAAAAGAAGAACUCCAGCUUGGUGUGACAGAAUAUUAUGGACGGGAGAUGGGGUACAUCAAUUAUCCUACGAACGCAAGGACUCCAAUCGAUAUCAAUUCUCUGACCACCGGCCUGUCUGUGCAACCUUUUCCAUGGAAGUUUCAGUUAGGGAAUCAUCUUAUUCAAACUUCCUCAAAAUUGAAGUCGAAGAACUCUUACCAAAAUAACAUUUAAGUGCAGAAAAGGUACUGACGUAUACUGUUAUAGUUGAAGACUGAAGAUAUACCCAUUUUUUAGCUGCUGACUUGCACCACAAGUGAUAAGUUGUAGGCAAUUCUUUUUGAGCUACCGCUUCUUCCAUCUAGCUCCUUAGAAUUUUGUACAGAGCAAUUUUUUUUUUUUUUUUUAAUCUUUCUUCUCUUUGCUAAAUGUAUCAAUAGUGGCAUUGGUCGCUUCAUAGGUAUUUUUCGUCUUUUGAUUUGCUCGCGUAACGAAAAUGUGAGCAAGGCAAAAGAGGUUAAUUUUUUCAAUGCAAUGUAUAUAUUUUGAUGUUAUUGAUAUAUAGGCUGUUAGCAGGGGCGAAUUUUAAAUAUUUCAAUUUUGGUGUAUAAAGAAUUUUGGAUCUUUCUACGUUA